AAACGUCAAACGAACUGUCAAAAUGCAAGUGAUUGUUUAGCUUGGGUUGAUUUGGUUCUGUUUUGGUUGUGAACACAAUUUAUGUUCGUGUUGUUUUCUACAAAACGCUGUUUGGUGCGCUCGUCCUCAAUAUUUAAUGAAACAAUUAAUUCAACGAUAUUAAAACGAGUUAGUUUAGAGAAAAAACUAGAAUAGUUACAAUGAGAAAGAGAUUUUGUGGUGUGAGCUCUUGUCCGAAUUUUACUGGAACCGCAGAUGAAAAUGUCCGAUUUUUCAAAUUGCCAAUUUACGAACCGGAACUUCUGGUUAAAUGGAAGCAAGCUGUCAAUAGAGAAAUGCCAGGGAAUUUUUUAUUAUGUUACUUACACUUCAGACAAGAGGAUCUUAUAGGGAGUAAAUCUCAUUCAAAAUUGAAACCGGGUGCCAUUCCAAUACCCGUGCCGACUGUCAAGACUGAAAUAUCAGAUGAACCUCCCAUAGAAGAUCCUCUCCCAGAUGAACCUACCACAGAGGAACCACACACAGAGCAUGUGGAAAUAAUGGAUAUUGAUGCAAUUAAAAGCCGUUUCAGUGCUUCAGAUGAACAAGAGUUGUGUACGUCAUGCAUUAAAUAUAACAUACAAUUACAAGCGGCUCAUGCGGAGAUAGCGGCAUUGAAGAAGAAAUUGAGCGAAUUGACGGAAGAAAAUCGAAUAAGAGGCAGAAAGUGUAGACUUUGCCAAGCCCAACUGACGCAAUGGCAUUUGUGUAUCGACGCAAAGAACAUCGUUUGCCCCUUGUGUUCACAUCCAUUUGUAACAACCGCUAGCUUUCUAAAACAUAUAGAAGAUCAACAUGCCGAAUUGACUCAAGUAGCUAGCAAUAGAUUGUUGUAUAAGUGUGACCAGUGUACGCUUGGAUAUCCAAUGGAAAUAUUAUUAGAGUGUCACAAAAAAGCACAUGAAAACGCUACAAAACAGUCAGAAGAACCACCACCACCAACUGAAGAGUUGAAUCGUCACGAUAUAACACACGAAAGUAUCAAACAAGAGCCAGAAGAGCUGAACACCUUGAUUGAACCUGACGUACAGAUUUUAAUUGAUGACACAGCGUCGAAUGAUUCGUCAGUUCUGUCUGUUUACAUGGUCACCGUUGAGUCGGAUGAUGAAAAAUCAUCAGGUAAUAAACCGCCUGCAGCAACUGUGGACGCAUCAUCAGACGAGGUUGAAAUAAUUGAAAUGUCAGAUGACAGCUUAAACGAGACUGGGACCUUAAAACUGUUCAAAUGUGGAACGUGUGAGGAAUCAUUCGAAACUACAAAAGAACUCAACGAUCACGUACGUGAAAAUCACAAAUGGAAUCACACAUUGUACACAUGCCACUUGUGCGAAAAAGAUUGCCAUACCCAAAGCAAUCUGCAGAGUCACUUUAAACAUCAUGUAAAAAUGACAAAAUGUCAAGUCUGUAAAAGGAGCUUAAAACUAGAUGACUUGAAUUCACAUCUGUGUGGCAAAGAGAAGAGUAUUCGUUGUGAUUACUGUCCAAAUGAAUUCACGACCACAUCAAAGCUAGUAGAGCAUUUGGAAAAAUCACAUGAAACAAAUGUUAAAUUCUAUCAAUGCGAAAAGUGUAAAAAGUGUUUCCCCAUGAUUGCACUAAAGGAUUUUCAUAUGAUCUCACAUGCACAAGAUGAGCCAAAGCCUUUUGUAUGUGAAAUCUGCUCCAAGGCUUUUUCGAAGGAAUAUUAUCUGAAAGUUCAUAGCGAGACUCACGAUGCGCCGAAAUCCCAUCUUUGUGAAGAAUGUGGAAAGGGUUUCCCAAGCAAACGAAAUUUGCAAAAACAUCAAGACACUCAUGAUCCCAAUAGAAAACCAACAAUCCAGUGUCCCGAUUGUCCCAGGAAGUUUUACAAUGCACAACAUUUGAGAAGGCACAGUGAUGUGCAUCGCGAGCAUGAUUACAUUUGUCAUAUCUGCCAAGCUGUACUUAAAUCAUUGCUAGGACUCAGAAAGCAUUUAAAGAUUCACGAUAGAACUGAAUCUGACCGAAAAUAUGCGUGCAAAAUAUGCCCUCGAAAAUUCUUUAAUUCAUAUUCGUUGAGAAGUCAUCGGAAAGUACACACUGGCGUGAGAUUAUUUAACUGUCGCUUUUGCAGCCAAACCUAUAAAUACAGUGGUGAUUUGAAUAAACAUCUAAAGACACACUUGGGAAAGAAAAUUUACUCCUGCCCGAAAUGCCCAAAGCGAUUCGAAUAUCCAAAUGAGCUCCAAAAACACGAAUUCAAGCAUUACAAAGAAGAAAAGGAGGCGAAUUAAACGAUGGAGUAAAUCGUUAUCAUCAAAAGUUUUAUUUUUUUAGAAUGAACCAUAAUGAAUGUAAAUGAAAAAAAUUAACAUUUCAAUUGACAAUUAAACGAAGCCAAUCCA